UCUCCGGCACCAGUAUGUGCCGUUUUGCAUGCCGGAACCGUCUCGGUUCUCUGCCGGGAUGGUUCGGCACGCUCCAGACCGGGUGGUUCAACCCGGUAUGGCAAUCCUUGGUGAGAGCAUUGGGCAUAGCUGAUCAUUGCUCAUGAAGCCUGUAAAACCAUGCUCCCAUGUUUGGUUAAGCCACCCAUUUGGCUUAUCUCUGGACCAGAAAAUGUUCUAAAGAGAGAAAAACAAGAAAAAUUGGAGUGUAUUCACCUAUUCACAUAAAUGGAAAGAAAGUUCUGGUCAAAAAUCUAAUCCUAACAUAUCACAAGUUGAUGGGAUCUCAGCCAUUCACUAAACACUCCUUCCUUUUAAACUAGCCACAUAACUUGUUGAUCAAAAUCAAGACUGAUGCAAACAUGGAUAAUGUAAUAGGUCCCUUCCAAAGCUGUUAUAUAAGUUGUUAUUUUGUAUCUUGACAAGGAGCUAAAAAUCUUGACAAGGAGCUAAAAAUAACACACUGGAUGCUCAUUAGAAGGUGUUAUAGAAACCUUGCUGCGGAGAAAAAUGUACUGUCAGUGUGUGGAGUUUAAAUAAUCAAAGAAAUAAUUAUAUAAUAAAAGAAAGUCACACGUAACUCUAAAUGAGUACCUUUAUUAGGGUUGUGUUUUUUUAUAUGAAUUAGAAGUCAAUAUGAAAAGACGUACCUGCUUCAAUGCAUUCUCAUCCUUGUUGCCCCAGUUUAACAGCAGUACCGAAAUCAUUAAGUAUGCCCUUUCAUGAGUGGUAAGUGUUGCGACCUCCACCACGAAGAUGCUUUUGCCUCCAUAUGUAAGUCCACCUCGGACUCCUCUUAAAUAGAUGGCAAUAAGGUGAUAUGAAAUGCUAACGAACUUGGAAGAUACUACCUGAUGCAAAGAUGUCUGCAUUCUUUUUUUUUUCUUUUCUUUUUUUGAUUUCACUGCAACUAAACUUUUUCCCAUGUUUCAAAAAUUUGCAAAAUCAAAAAAAAAAAAAGUAAGCUUGCAGUACAUCCAAAAUCUUUUCCCCAUGCAUUCUGAAAGAAACCAACCAAGUCUCAACAUUUUAGGCAUUCAACCUCAUGCCUUGUCUAACAACCUAAAUUGCCUUAAAGUUUACUCAUUUAAACCAUGUGCUGCAUCAUUCAGAGCCCAACAAGUUUCUAUUCUCUGAGUGAAUCGUAAUUGUCAUUGCUGUUAAAAAGUUCUAUGUGGAAUCUUUUCCUAUUUUUGUUUCAUUUGGAUAUCUAACAUUCUAGCUAAUCAAUUUUCCCCAUAGGCACUACCUAAUCGUUUCAGCAGUGACCAAUCUUUUGGUGAAUCUACUUGGUGUUUGGUUCUUUCGGGCCUAUGCUCGUGUUAAUAUUGUUUACAGGAAAGCUGAGGAUAUGAACUACCACUCCGUCUGCCUUCAUGUUCUUUCAGAUUCAAUCCGGAGUGCAGGUUUGAUCCUGGCAUCAUGGUUUCUGACUUUGGGGGUUGAGAAUGCAGAAGUUCUAUGCUUGGGACUAGUUUCAGUUGCGGUGUUCAUGGUUGUCCUGCCACUGUUCAAAGCAACUGGCGGCAUCUUGCUCCAAAUGGCUCCUGCCAAUGUUUCCCCUUCUGCCUUCAGCAAAUGCUGGAGACAGGUAACUGCUCUUGAGGAUGUUUCUGAAGUUUCUCAAGCUCGGUUUUGGGAACUGGUGCCUGGUCAUGCCAUUGGGUCUUUGUUAAUACAG